AAUAACUAGAAAAAAAUAAGAUAACACACUACUUAUCUGGAAAACCGAGAUUGAAGCACGAGCUGAAAGAGGUUAUUUCGAACUUCGCCUGUUAGAAGCUGAAGACGUCUCAAACGUACAUGUCUCAUCACCGUCCAACGGGCCCGUGCAAAAGUGACCAAGCGCCAACUGUGGGCGGCGGCGACACCAGUGCCAGAGCGAGCGACACGCGAUGGACACCGGCCAGAAGUUCGGGAACCUGCCGACAGGAAGCGCGCCUGUCGCCAGAUCGGUACCUGUGUGGCCCCAACACGUGGCUGCCCUUCUGGCCACGCUGUCGACCAUGAGCGCGGGCAUCGUGAUCGGCUGGUCGACCACGGCGCUGCCCUACCUGGCCGAGGAGCUGGCCGAGCUGGAGGUGUCACAGGAGGAGGGCUCGUGGCUCAGCUCGCUGUCCGCGCUGGGCGCGUUCGCCGGCGCCGCGCCCGCCGGCCUGCUCGCCGACCGCUUCGGCCGCAAGAGGGUGCUGCUGGCCCUCGGGGCGCCCUUCAUCGUCAGCUGGCUGAUGCUCGUGGCGGCCCACCACAGCCUGCCGGUGGUCUAUGCCGCUCGCUUCAUCGCCGGCCUGGGCACGGGAGGCUCCUUCGUGCUGGCGCCCAUCUACAACGAGGAGAUCGCCGAGGUGCGCAUCCGGGGCACGCUCGGCUCCUACGCCGAGGUGAUGCUGUGCUUGGGCGUGCUCUACGUGUUCGUCAUGGGCACGAUCCUGCCCUUCGUGUGGUCGCAAGUGGCGUGCCUCUUGGUGGUGCUGUUGUUCCUGUGCGCCUUCGCUUGGUUGCCCGAGUCCCCCGUGUACCUCGUGAAGAAGGGUCUGGCCGACGAGGCGCAGCGGGCCCUGGCCUGGCUCAGGGGCGCCGACGACCCUCGCGACCCUGCCGUCCAGAAGGAGCUGCAGGCCAUCGAGGGCUUCGUGCACGAGUCCCAGCAGGUCCGGGAGAAGCCGAAGACGUCGAGGAGGAGGCUGCCGGUGUCGUCCAACACCCUGAAGGUGACGGGCAUCGUGUACGGCCUGAUGAUCCUCCAGCAGAUGAGCGGGACCUCGGCGUUCAUGUUCAACCUGGUGAGCGUGUUCCGGGACGCCGGCGUCGACAUGUCGGCCCACGUCGCCUCCAUCAUCGUCGCCGCCGUGCAGCUGGCCGGCGGGGUGCUGGCGGCGCUCGUCGUCGACCGCCUGGCCCGGAGGCUCCUGCUCGUCGCGUCCAUGUCCGUCAUGGCGGUCUGCCUGGUCGCCAUCGCCGUCUACACCCGCCUGCACCUGGGCGGCGCCGUCGACACGUCGCGCGCCAGCUGGCUGCCCUUGCUCGCGCUCUGCGUCUACGUGAUCGCCUUCGAGCUGGGCAUCGGCACCCUGCCGUGGCUCAUGAUGGCCGAGCUGGCGCCCAGCUCGUCGCACGGCUUCGUCUGCGGCUCGUCCGUCAGCGUCAACUGGCUGGUCAUGUUCGCCGUGACCAAGACCUUCGGCGACAUGGUGGCCGGCGCGGGGCUGGCCAUGACGUACGGCGUGUACGCGGUGUUCAUGGUCGUCGGCGCGGCGUUCGCGCACUGGUGCGUGCCUGAGACUAGCGGCAAGACGCGCGAGCAGAUACAGCACGAGCUCAAGUACGGCAGAGCUGCAUCGCCCUCGGACCUGGAGCGCGCGUCGUGAUGUGGUUCCAGACCAGGGGCGCAACAACAGGGGGGGGGGGGGCAAGGGUAUUUUGCUCCCCUUCUGAAACCCUGAAGUGGGGCCAAACGGGGGCAAAGAAAGUGCCCUGUAAUCAAUUUUUAGAUAAUAAAACUGCUUAAUUAGCACCAUUUUCCACCUUGAAAUAAAAAUUUUCCCCGGGGGAGGACCACCGGACCCCCUGCUUCAAUAGGGGGGGAUCUAUCAUUCUUUAUAAAUGUUAUAUUGCUCCCCCCUCUUUGGAAAUUUAGUUGUUGCACCCCUGUUCCAGACACAUGUUCCCCACGAGGGUGGGGCAGGGUGGACCCGAGCCUAGAGGGGGACAUUGGCCCCACAAGGGUGGGUCUGGGUGGACCCCUGGAUCCAGGGACCAGCACUGCUUAUUUCUAAAUGUCUAACUAUUUAAAUUUAUUUACAAACUAGUAAAAAAAAAUGAAUAUUUUUUUAUCCAAUGAAAUUUUAGAAGAUUUUACAAACACUUACAGCUAAUUUUAUUUUCCUGUAACUUUUUUCAUUUUUUAUCUUAGUGUGUGAAAUAAAUGUAAAUACUUGCUGAGGUUAUUAUUUUAAAGUAAAAUAAAUUUUAUAAAUACAGCUUAGUUUUGGACUUACAAAAUAGUAACCAUAAAAUUAUACACUGUAUUUUCAGGUUAAAUAACAUUAAAAAAAAGUGUAGUUAAAAAAUAACAAUGCAGUUAUAAUGUAGCACGUGACUGUAAAAUUUGGGAAGGCCCGUAAUCGUAUGUGGGGACCAUGUGUUACAGUGCAGAACACUUUUACGAAGUUGCCGCUUACCUCUAUACAUUAUCUUUUUCUAUUAAAGAUCUUCUGCCUGGCAUUUUUAAUUUUCUUCCCUCCAU